AUGCACCCACCACGGAGCGUCGCUGGAGCAUGGGACCCGAGCUACUCGUACUACCACGAUCCCAUCGUCGUCGCCAGCGCGGCGCGCUUCAAGCAAGAGUCGCCCGAGCCGGAUGGUGCGGCGGCCGCCGCAGCCAGUGCCGCCCUCCUGCAGUACUCCAGCCGCCUCGCCGAGCUCCCGCAGCUCGAGAGCCCGCCACUGAUGCCGCACCAGGGGAGCCACCGCCGAGCCGUGGCUGACGGCGAGGGAGACGCCGUGGCGACCACGGACUGGAGGGCGCUCGACAGGUUCGUCGCGUCCCAGCUCAGUCCUGACGAGGAGCACUCCGGGCAGGGGCAGGGCUUGCACCAGGAAUAUUGCGGCAAGCAGCCGAUGGGGAUGCAUGCCGGGGACAAUGAGGACGCGUCGGACAUGGCGGCGCUGCUGCUCCUCGACGGCGUCCGGCACGGGGAAGCCGGCCUGCUGGGCUGCGUGGCCGACCCUGCGUGUCUGCACACAUGA